CGCGCAGGACAUGGCCUGGGGGCGUUCAGGGCCUGGCGGUUGCUAAGGUGACGGGGAUACAAUAUGGCGGCGGAAUCCUAACGCUCUCCGGCUAGGGGCCACCGCGGUCCUCGCGCCAGACCGACCUCGGGAAGUGGACGGCGGGGUGCCGCGCUUUCUGCGCUCUUUUUCUCUUCCGUGUCGGUGAGGGGCUGUCCCCGGCGUCUGCACCCAGGAUGAAGAACUAUAAAGCAAUUGGCAAAAUAGGAGAGGGAACAUUUUCUGAAGUUAUGAAGAUGCAGAGCCUAAGAGACGGAAACUACUACGCAUGCAAGCAAAUGAAGCAGCACUUUGACAGCAUUGAUCAAGUGAACAGUCUGCGGGAGAUUCAAGCCCUGAGGCGCCUGAACCCGCACCCCAACAUCCUCACACUAUACGAAGUGGUUUUUGACAGAAAAUCUGGUUCUCUUGCACUAAUAUGUGAACUUAUGGACAUGAAUAUUUAUGAGCUAAUUCGAGGGCGAAGACACCCGUUAUCGGAACGGAGAAUCAUGCACUACAUGUACCAGCUGUGCAAAUCCCUUGACCACAUGCACAGAAAUGGAAUAUUUCACAGGGAUGUGAAACCAGAAAAUAUACUAAUAAAGCAGGACGUCCUGAAGCUCGGGGACUUUGGAUCCUGCCGGAGCGUCUACUCCAAGCAGCCGUACACAGAGUACAUCUCCACGCGCUGGUACCGCGCCCCCGAGUGCCUCCUCACCGACGGCUUCUACACCUACAAGAUGGACCUGUGGAGCGCGGGCUGUGUGUUCUACGAGAUCGCCAGCCUGCAGCCCCUCUUCCCCGGAGACAAUGAACUCGACCAGAUCUCAAAGAUCCACGACGUGAUUGGCACACCUGCUCAGAGGACCCUGACCAAAUUCAAGCAGUCGAGAGCUAUGAGUUUUGAUUUUCCUUUUAAAAAGGGAUCGGGAAUACCUCCACCGCCCACCAACCUGUCCCCGCACUGCCUCUCCCUCCUGCACGCCAUGGUGGUCUACGACCCCGACGACAGGAUUGCUGCCCACCAGGCCCUGCAGCACCCCUACUUCCAGGAGCAGAGGGGAGCCGAAGCCCGGGCUCUGGUCAGCCAUGGGAGAGCCUUCUUCCCCGCGCGGCCCGCGGCGCCCGAGCCGCUGGGUCACCGCUGGCACUCGAGAGAGGCGCGGAAGCAGCAGCAGCCCGCGAGGCCUGAGGAGGACCACGCCCGGAGAGCCGCGCCCGACGGCCCGGUGGAGCUGCCCAGGCUGCGGCUCUCGGCGGUGAGCCGCCUGUCGCCGUGCGUGAGCCCCGCGCUGCGGCCUGCGCUGGGCGCGGGCGUGGACAGCCGAGUCCCCGUGCUGCUGCCCCUCAAGUGUGUGAGCGUGAGCAAGAAGACAGACCCGCAGAAGGACGUGAAGGCCGCGCUGAAGCACUACCGCCUGCCCACCAUCACCAGGAAAGGCGGCGGCUGCUGA